GAUUGCUGCUGCGGUGCUUGAAGAUGGCGGUAAGCAAUAGGAGGUGGAAUUAUUGCUGCGGGGAGGAGAGGCAGGAGAGAGGGACUGUGUACUGGAGGACCCUAAAACGCGAGUUAGCGAUGCUGAUCGGGUGGAUAGGCACUUCAAGAACGCUUUGCUAAACAUAGAUCCAACGCAGGCUCCAUGCGCUUUACAAAACCAGUCUGCCCCCGUCCAACGCGGCCCAUCGCUCUCCCUCUUCCUUUCUUCCCCACCGCCACACCCUCCUCCUCCCGCUGCCCCUUCCAGUCGCGCGCCCUCUUGUGUGCGACUUGCUAUACCUUUCAUCGGGCUAGGUUUCUCUUGCUCGAACUCUGACAACUAGCUAUGUUGUUCGCUCCUUCAUCUUCUCUUUUUGUUCUCGCCGCACUCGCGAGCUCUGCUGCUGCGGAUGAUCGCACGACAGAGGCUGGCGAGGCAGCCAUCACAGACGCAACGGAAGAAUGCACGGCAUACUAUUAUGCCCCUGUGGCAGCAGUCAAGGGGAACUUCCCGACCAUCUGGGAGCCCGCCAGCAUUCUUGCCAACGAUACCACAGCUCAGGACAAGUGGAACGAGAUAUCGUCCAGCAUUCCGACGAAUAUUACAGCCAAGGGCCUUAAUGAGACUACUGCACUCACCGGCAACUUUACUGGCUUUACUUACGACUAUGCCACUGACCCAGACUGCUGGUGGACAAACCAUCAAUGCACGACUCCGAAACUCGCAGGUCUUCCUGCUGAUGUUGCCUCCAUCCCAGAACCCAUGAGCAUGGGCUACGGCUUCGACGAUGGCCCGAACUGCUCGCACAAUGCCUUCUACGACUUCUUGGAAGAGAACAACCAGAAAGCGACAAUGUUCUUCAUCGGUAGCAACGUGCUCGACUGGCCGCUUGAGGCUCAGAGGGCUCUCACUGAUGGUCAUGAAAUCUGCGUUCACACAUGGUCACACAGGUACAUGACUGCGUUCCCCUCGGAAGAUGCGUUCGCGGAGCUCUGGUACACGAUGCAAGCCAUCAAGGCCGUCACGGGUGUCACGCCCACUUGCUGGAGACCUCCAUUCGGUGAUGUCGACGACCGUAUCCGCUCUAUCGCGCACGCGCUCGGUCUCCAGACUAUCAUCUGGAAGUACGACUCGAAUGACUGGAAGAAUGGUGUAGGCAACGUCACAGCGCAGACCGUCGAUGAUGACUACAACUACUUCAUCAGCAAUGCUACCAGUGGCACAUUUGACACCGAGGGCGGGAUCAUGUUGACGCACGAGUUGAACAACUACACGAUGCAGACGGCGAUGGACUUCUACUCGGACCUCAAAUCGACGUUCAACUACAUCGUGCCCGUCGGUGUUGCGUUGAAUAAGACACAGCCCUACCAGGAGACGAACUACUCGCUGCCCACGUUCGAAGAAUACAUCAGCGGUACAAUCAGCACGAACAGCUCGAACACCUCUUCUUCCUCGUCCAACUCAUCAUCAGAAUCCUCCCCUGCGGUCGGGAUGCACGCUGCCCUCUCGGAAUCGUCGAUCGUCAGCUGGACACUGCUGGCCGGGACGGCAAUGUUGGUCGGGCUCGUGCUCUGAGUCUGAACUUGCCUCUACAUGUCCUGCUCUGCCUCAUGUCGCUCGUCGCUUUCGAUGGACUGUUUACUCAACAAUAUCGCUCAUGACCUCCCUAGCAUAAGUAAUUGUGUUCUUGAACUCCACUCGGCGCUUUGCCUUCUCAUGCCACGUAACCCUUUUUUGUCGUUGUCGUGUCUGUUGUCUGUUUUUGCGCCUGUCUUCUUUCUUCGCAAUCUUAGUCUUUUUGCUUUCUUUCCUUCCAUCUUCGUGAAAUAUACUCACCUUACUUUACUAUGUGUCUUCCGCCUUCACCUUCCUCCACCC